CAGUCAACCGAUCGUUGCAGCAUUGCUUUAGGUAAUAGAAUCCCUGGGUUGCUGAUCCUCGCCCAUCCUCGACCAUCCCCGUGACAGACAGCCACUCACCGUCAUAAACGUCGAAGUACUCCUUCGAAAUACCCCUUCACCCGGACAGAAUCGACGACACACCUGUAUGCUACUCAAAGACACCAGGGCUCAGUUGUCGACAUCCUCUCCACUGCAACAGCCCCCUAUUCUUCUCCGAACCACUCAUGAAUGAGCAAGAGUUCCUGGCCCGCCUCCCGCCGUGGCUCAGCCACUGGCUCGGCUACCGCGCCAGCCCUCCCCAGCCCCUGCCCAAGUAUCAAGUCUGGCUGUGGUCGUUCAUCUCCGCCUUCUGCGGGCUCUGCGUCGUCCAGGCCAUCUUCAACUACUCCCACUACUUCCUGGACCGUCACGUACCGGGCAUUAUCGCCUCCUAUGGCGCCUCCGCCGUCCUCGUCUACGGCGCCAUCGAAAGCCCGCUAGCGCAGCCGCGCGCCCUCAUCUUCGGCCACUUCCUGAGCGCCCUGGUCGGCCUGUGCGUGACCAAGCUGUUCAGCCUGAUGCCCGACGCGGAGCGGUUCGAGUCCCUGCGCUGGCUGGCCGCCGCGCUCUCGUCGGCGCUGGCCGUCGUCGUGAUGCAGGUCACCGAGACCACCCACCCGCCCGCCGGCGCCACCGCCCUGCUCCCCGCCACCAACGAGGCCGUCUGGCAGCUCUCCUGGUACUACCUGCCCGUCGUGCUGCUCUCCUCCACCAUGCUGCUCGCCGUCGCCUUGCUCGUCAAUAACUGCCGGCGCCGGUACCCCGUCUUCUGGGUGGCGCCAGUCACGCCGAGGCCGGCGUUGCCGCGGGCGGAGGCGAAGUAGGAGGUGCUUUUUGGGGGCGUCGUGGGGUGAAUUGUGGUUGUUGUUGUUGUUGUUGUUGGGAUGGGGUCUCUUGCACGGGUUUGCGGGCGUUGAUUGAGCUUAGGUGUUAGUGGUUGGGUGUUACGGUCAAAGAGCCUUGUGGGAUGAUUCUGCUGAGGUUUCUCUGGUUCGGUGUUCAG